UCUUACAUGGGUUCUGCAGUUUUGCUCUUCAGUAUUAGUUGCCCAGCUCGAAUCGACACAAUCCCCCCAAACCCGACCAAGGAAGAAACGAGAAGAAGAGCUGGCUAGGGUUUCUCCCCAGACUCCCCCACCCUCUCCGCCAUGGACGCGCAGCGAGCUCUCCUCGAUGAACUCAUGGGCACAGCACGCGACCUGACGGAGGAGGAGAGGAAGGGCCACAGGGAGGCAAAGUGGGACGAUCCCGAUGUCUGCGGCCCCUUCAUGGCCCGCUUCUGCCCGCACGACCUCUUCGUCAACACCAAGAGCAACCUCGGGCCUUGCUUGAAGAUCCAUGAUCCCAGGCUCAAGGAGAGCUUUGAGAGUUCUCCAAGGCAUGAUGCUUAUUUGCGAAGGUUUGAGGCAGAGCUUGCUCAACAGUGUGAGAAAUUGGUAACUGAUUUGGAUAGAAAAAUAAGGCGUGGUCGAGAUAGGUUGGCUCAAGACACUGCUGUGCCACCUCCCAUCCCUGGCAAAACAUCUGAGCGGCUGGCAGUAAUAGAAGAAAAUGUCAAAAAGCUGUUGGAGCAAAUUGAGGAGCUUGGUGAGGCUUGUAAAGUGGCUGAAGCUGAGGCACUCAUGAGGAAGGUUGACCUUCUAAAUGCUGAGAAGGCAGCUUUAACUAAUCAAGCAGAUCACAAAAUGCUCAUGCUCCAAGAGAAGAAGAUGGAACUUUGUGAAAUAUGUGGCUCAUUCUUAGUGUCCGAUGAUGUUCUUGAGAGGACUCAAUCCCAUCUGACUGGGAAACAGCAUAUUGGUUAUGGUCUAGUAAGAGAUUUUCUGGCUGAAUACAAGGCCGCAAAAGAAAAGGCAAAAGAAGAAGAGAGACUUGCAAGGGAGAAGAAAUCAGAGGAGCGCAGGAAACAGAGGGAAAAAGAGUAUAGUAAUGAGGGUAGGGAGGGUCGUACGAAAAGAGAGAAAUCAGGGGAGCGUGACUAUGACCGUGAUCAUUACUAUGAGCGAAGCCGUGAAAGAGAAAAGCCCCAUGAUCAUAGAGAAAGAGGAUCAGACUAUAGAGGCAGUUCCUACAGAAAUGGUAGGGAUUCUGAAAGAGAUAGACACAGAUAUAGGAGUGACGACGCGACAAAGGGCAGAGGGAGAAUGAGGAGCAGAUCACGUUCCCCAAGCAGGCAUGGCUAUGGAAGGUCAAACAGUCCAGGUCAUUAGCUGAACAUGUAGAUAGGUCUUUCACAGUUGAGAUUCAUGAGCAGAUCUGUUGGAACCCUACAGUCUUCCUUUUAGAGGGGAAAAAAAAUUCUCAGGUAGGUAUCAGAUUUCCUUCCUACAUUUUUUGGUUUGACUCUAUUCCAUAUGUAUGCUGAAGUUUUGUUCCAACAUUCGGGGCUGAAAAGUUAUUUGUUGGAUAAAGAUGAGUAGUAAGAUAACACUUGUAUUGGACUACCAACCAGGAUGCAGUUAUUUUCAGCCUAUAAGAGGUAAAACUGAUAAUUUCAUGUUAUGAGCUUAUCGUAAGUGCAUGUUUCUAUUGUCUUCUCCAUUUCCUGCAUAAAAUUUUGGCUACAAACCAUUUUUCGAUCUUAUUUGUUGUAGUUGCUUUUUGGCUGAGGUAGUGUACCCCAAUAGCCAACUUCAACUCAGCCAGGGAUCAGUCAAUUUAUGGAAAAAUCCAUGCAAGUGUUUAUUUUUAUAACUGGAAAUAUUAUGGAAAAAAUGCCCUGCUGAAAGAACGAUAAAAAAAACAGGGUGAAUGGUAAUCAUGCAUAAUUCUGUUUUGCGUAAUCAUCAGAAGGUUUAAUAAGUCUAUGGGACCAAUUUUGUCUUGCUUUGCUUUACGGUUGGUUUUUUGGUUAUCUUCCAUUAUUGAUGCUGCCACGCUGUUGUGUCUAAUUUACAGUGAGCAUAUUGCUUUUUGCUGUAAAAUGUUAACUAGCCCGGAGAUGAAUUAUUACUAUACUACUCCCUCCUUUCCUAAAUGUAAGAAGUCCUAGUUUUGUCCAAAGUCAAGCUUUUUAAACUUUGAUCAAAUUUAUAAAAAAAUCUACUAACAUCUACGACUUCAAUUAGUUUUAUUACAUCCAUCAUGAUAUAUAUUUUCAUAAUAUAUUUAUUAAGAUAUUCUAUAUGUUCAUACAUUUUUUUAUAAACUUGAUCAAACUUUAAGAAGUUUGACUUAGGACAAAGCUUGGACUUCUUAGUUCUUACAUUUAUAAACGGAGGGAGUAUUGGAGAGGAGAGAAAAAAAAACUAAACGAGUGAUAGCCUUCUAUUAGACCCGAAUUGGAUGAUCAGUUUGUAGUAUCUCUUACAUUCAAUUUGUAGGAGCACAGCGGGCUUUCCAGCAAUUGAUGCCAUGAUGCCCGUCGAAUGCGAGUGGAUGCCAUCUGGGACUCGUGCUAUGAUGCAUCUUUUCAUGUAUAAACCGUUUUUGUGGAACAUGCGUACACGGUACACCCUCCAUGGUAACCAGCUCCCUCUCCUCUCUCUCUGAAGUAACAACUGUAUGCCAAGUCAAAAUGAUUGUAUAACGGAUUGACCGAGGGAUUAAGUACAUGCUACUUCUGUAGUUCUGUUAUGUUCAUCUCAUUUCAAACGAUGUUGCUCUGAGUGAUAUGUAUGGGCCCAGGUUGACAAUCUGAA